AUGACACGCUACGACGAAGAUGAUGAGGCUUUUUGCCACCACCGUCGUCGGGGAAACAGCCCGAGCAGUUAUCGAGUUGGAAUUGGGGGCGGAGGAAAUGGCGGUCGACACUGGGAAGGUGACAGCCCUCCGGAUCGUGAUGUUCACGGAGAAGGUGGAGGUUUCCGCCCGAUCAACGCUCCUCCAGGUAGAAUCGAUUUUCAGCCGAUGGGUCCUCCUCGCGAUAGUGGAAGUUUUCGGCCGAUGGGUUCUGACGGAGCUAGCGGAAUUCGACCUAGAGGGCCCGUGAUGUUUCCGCCAUCGGAAAGUCCAGAUGAAUGGGGAUUUUCCGGCGGCAGGGUAUUUCCGGCACCGAUCGGUAAAUUAAUGGAGCCUGAUUACUCUGUAAGAUUGACUUCACCGCCGGCCCAGCAGCCUCUUUCGGGUCAGAAAAGAGGGCGUCCUCUCUCGGAGCCUGGCAACUUUACUGGAACUGAUGUUUCUGAUCGUGCUAGUGUUGUCAAGCUUUUUGUUGGCUCAGUACCGAGGACAGCUCUAGAAGAAGAAGUACGUCCCUUGUUCGAACAACAUGGAAAUGUUCUUGAGGUUGCUUUGAUCAAGGACAAGAGAACUGGACAGCAGCAAGGCUGUUGUUUUGUAAAAUAUGCAACUUCUGAAGACGCGGAUAGAGCCAUUAGAGCGUUGCACAAUCAGAUCACUCUUCCUGGGGGAACUGGCCCUGUUCAAGUUCGAUAUGCUGAUGGGGAGAGAGAACGCAUCGAGUUUAAGCUUUUCGUGGGUUCAGUAAACAAGCAAGCCACUGAAAAAGAAAUUGAGGAGAUAUUUUUGCAAUUUGGUCGCGUGGAAGAUGUCUACCUCAUGCGUGAUGAGUAUAGACAGAGUCGUGGAUGUGGGUUUGUUAAAUAUUCAAGUAAAGAGACGGCAAUGGCAGCUAUCAAUGGUCUCAAUGGAACUUAUACGAUGAGAGGUUGCAAUCAGCCAUUGAUUGUUCGGUUUGCUGAUCCAAAGAGGCCUAAACCUGGCGAGUCGAGGGAUGUGGCACCUGCUGUGGGACUUGGUUCAGGGCCUCGUUUUCAAGCUUCAGGACCAAGGCCUACAUCUAACCUUGGUGACCCUAGUGGGGAUGUAAGCCGCACAAACCUGUGGCGUCCACCAAAUUCACCAAACAUUGGCCCACCUAGUAAUACUGGGAUCCGUGGUAUUGGGAGUGACUUUUUCCCUAGACCAGGUCAGACAAAACUGCCUUCAAAUCAGGGCGGUCAAUUGGGUGGUUAUGGUGCUCCUCCCCUUAAUCCUCUUCCAGUUUCUGGAGUUUCAUCAUCUGCCACAUCGCAACAGCAAAACCGAGCAGCUGGUCAGCAUUUAUCACAAUUACAAAAACCUCUUCCCAGUCCACAGGCUCUCCCCCGUCGGCCACAAACACAAAUGAACACUUUACAACAACCACCCUUGCAGAAUCCUUAUGGUUAUAGCAGCCAGUUGCCUACCUCUCAGCCGACACAGCAAAACGUCCCUCGUGCAACUGCUCCUCAAACUCCCUUGAACAUCAAUCUGCGUCCAACACAUGUGUCUUCUGCAACUGAUCAAUUUCCCCUUCGUGCUCAGCAGCAACCGCUACAAGAGACGCAGCAUCCUCCUUCUGAGCUAGCUCAGCUCUUAUCAAAGCAAACUCAAACUCUACAAGCAACCUUCCAAUCAUCACAGCAAGCAUUUUCUCAGCUGCAGCAGCAAGUGCAGUCCAUGCAGCAACCAAACAAAAAUUUACCAGUCUCACAGAAUGGCCAAGCUGGUAAACAGCAGUGGGCUGGAUCUGCAAUUCCAGCAGUUGUUAGCACCGCUGCUUCUACACCAGCUAGCUAUGUGCAAACACCUGUACCUGGAGUAAGUCAGAGCGUUGUUUCUGCCAAAUGCAACUGGACUGAGCAUACCUCGCCGGAUGGGUUUAAAUAUUAUUACAACGGUCUAACAGGUGAAAGCAAGUGGGAAAAACCUGAGGAAAUGGUAGUGUUCGAACGACAGCAACAGCAACAACAUCAGCAGAAGCCAACUAUGCAGCCGCCUCAGAACUUACAGCAGACUCUGCCUUCCCAGCCGAUGCAGCAACAACCACAACAGAUUCACCAGCAGUAUCAGACCCAGCAAUUACAGCAGCCUUUUUAUUCUUCACAGUUUCCAACUCCAGGGGUCAGCCACAAUGCUCAGAUGCAGUAUCCGUCAAUGGCAGUUGGUCAAAAUAGCCAGUUUCCUAUGUCAGGGAUUGGUCAAAAUGCUCAGGUACAUGAAAGGAGGAGCUAA